UUGAACAUUGAACUGAGGCGAAGAUAAAAAGAUGAAACCGAAACUUAAAUACGAUAUUUGAUAAGUAAAAUUCUACUCGUUGUUGAAAAGUAAAAAUUUAUAACUAAAUUUGUUGUACUUGGUCUAGAUUUAUAAAUAAUUAAUUAAUAAUUUAAAUAAUGUUUAAUUAUGAAGUAAUUGAUUAAAGAAGGACUUUUUCUUCUGAAAGAAAAUUUUAAAUAUUUCAUAAAAUGAUAGAGGAAAUUCUUCCGUAAAUUAAAAGAAUAAUUUUAAUGAAAAAAUGGACUCAGAAGAAUCAUUCACGAGUUCCGAUUCUGAUUGGGAAGAUGUUGAAGAUACUAAAGCUAUGAAAAAUGAUGUCAGAUCUUGUAACUCAGAGCCUACCGAUCACACUAUGAACCCAGAGUCUCACUUGGGUUGUGACGCUUCAAAGAAAAAUCCUUGCACAAUCAUAAAACAAACUGCUAGGAAAUCAAAAAAUAAAACGAAGUUUGGUAAGAAAGGUAAGUUUCUAAAGUCUAAUUCCAAAUCAAGCAUUGCUAAAUCAGAAAAAAUUGAUUCAAGGACAUCUGUGCUCUCUAGACUCUCUUCAUCUGAAGCUGAAGCUCCUAUUCGCAAAUUUGACCCAAUUCCAGAUAGCUUGUAUAUGAAUAAGGAAAAAUUUCAACUUUCUGAAAGUCCUGAGAAAUUAACUAUACCAUUUUCUAUGAGUAUGACCAAUAGAAAUAAUUAUGAUUUGAAUGACUCAGCUGAUGAACUUAGUCAAUCACCACCCCGAUUUAAUUCCUGUUACAUCCAAAAGGAUGAAAACUCUACUAAUUCUCAAAGCAUUAGAUUUCAUUCUGAAAAUGAAGGAAAUACAUACUUUGGAUCUGAUUCUGGUUCAGAUUCUGAUUCGAAGAACUCACUUUUUAGUUGGUCGUUUUCUGAAAGACCAGUCAAUAAGGAAAAGCAUACUAAAAGAAGUACUAGUUUGUUUGAAUCUUCUGACGCAAAGACCACUCGUCAGCUUGGCAGUAGUUCUUCAAAAAAUCAUAUUCCAGAUCCUUGCAAAACACCAAAAACUUACCAUCUAAGUUCUGAAUAUUUACAACAAGUUAAUUGUCAAAGUUAUGAAAGGAAACCAGCUUCAAUCUCUCCUGAACUUCCAUCAGCAACUGUAAAACUUGCUACAGCUGUUCAAAGAAAUGAAAAAAAUAGUCCUCAUCAAUUGCAUUUCGAUCCUCAAGAUAUUAAGAUGAAACAGCAAUUUUCUAAAAUAGAAAUAGAUAAUGAGGCAAAAAGAAAGGGAUUAUUUUCUGAAAGGAAACCACCAACUCGCUUUUCACAAGCCUCAUUAAGAAACGACAAAUUUGAUAUUCUUCAUCAAGAAAUUCAAAACAGGAAUUCUUUUGAUCAAGAUAUUCCUACCCAUAUUAAGAUGAAACAGCAAUAUUCUGAAAUAGAUAAUGAGGCAAAAAGAAAGGAAUUAUUUUAUAAAAGGCAACCACCAACAAACUUUUCACAAGUCUCAUUAACAUCAGAAAAAUUUGAUAUUGUUCAUCAAGAAAUUCAAAACAGGAAUUCUCGCCCAUUUAUUACUGAUAAUCAAGUUAGAUCGAGUGAUCAAAAUGUUAAACAGCAAUAUUUAGGUAAAAGAAUAGAUUAUGAUUCAGAAAAAAGUUCUACAAAUAGAAGAGAAUCUUCUAACAAUCCUUUAUCUUCAAACUAUGAAAUUUAUCCAAAUGAUAUCACACAUUUAACUACCGAAGAUGAUGAACUAAAUUUGAAUUCCUUGGAUUUUAUUAGUUGUUGUAGAAAAGAAUUAGAAAAAAUUUCUGAAGAAGCUAUCAAUAAAGUUUCAUCAAAAAAAGAAGAUUUAAGAUCAAUUUCUGAGAGUGAGAACACUAAGAUCAAAAAUAUUUUAACGAAACGUAUUGAAAAUUUUGAUUCACAACAGAAUCAAUUUAUAGAUAUAAUAACCCAUGCAAAGAAUCAAAUAUCUUAUACAUCGUGUCAAAAUUAUGAGGAUAUAGUUAAAACGUGGGAUGCAAUCAAAUCCACUGUUCAAAAUGAGAGUAAAUUGUUUGAAAACUUUUUUCCAGCUUAUGCAUAUCGCGAUGAAGUAGUCCAAAGUUUAAAUCACAAGCGCAUUUUAUUUUUGCAUUCAAGCAACGCUUAUUUUUUUAAUAUCUUAGUGCCAUUAAUAUCUCUAAAACAUUAUCCAAGUUGUUUUAUUGUGUCUUGUGUAAGUGGUGAGACCCAAAAGCAAUAUCUGAAAUAUUCUCUUCAUUCGGCAAUGGGAAGCAAAGAACAAAAGCAUAAAACUUAUGUCAUGACAGAAUCGGAACUUUUAAAUUAUUCUCUUAAAAUAGAUUAUGCAGCCAAAAAAACAACUUGUGUUGUUUUGAAUCUCCCUCUUUCUAGAUCAGUAGUUACUGACAUUUUGCUAUCAAAUUUAAGAGAUAUCUUAAAAGAGAAUAAGAAUUCGAAGCUUGUUUUAAUAAUUGAUCCAGUUGUGAAUUUGACACCCUACAAAAAAUAUUUCUCCAUGUUUGAAAUCUCAACAAUAGUACCCCCUAAUCUUACGUAUCCAGUGAAUACCAUAUGGAAAAACAAUGCUUUGGUCCCUGAAAACGAUAUUUUGAACGAAAUAGUGCGAACAAUAUUGUCCAUCCACAUCACAAAAAGUUGGGGUAACAUACUUGCCUUUGUACCAUCAUUAAGAGAUGCAAAAACUGUCAAUCAAUUGCUCAAGAAACAAUGUGCAGUUUAUCAGUACAAUAGCGUUAAAAUUAUUUUGGUGGAGGAAAACUAUUAUGCUAUUUGCAGUGAUGAAAUACGUGAGAAAAAUUCUAAAUUUCAGUUUGUUUUUAUAUCAGUUGGUUCUGCUGAAAUGAUAAGUCUUCCGUCUGUGCACUUCAUUGUGGAUUGUGGUACUGUUACGGACUACCACUUGGAUGAUAACAAAAAAGUCGAUGUUUUAGCCACAGUAUUUAUUUCUUCUGUCAAAUCAAAACUGCGUAAAACUUUAGGUGGAGUUUAUGGCCCUGGCAUGUGUUAUCGAAUUUACAGCAAACAUAACUUCAUUAAUGAUAUGCCUUCUCAAGACUAUCCUGAGCUUUUGCUUAGAAAUCCUCUUAAUUCUUUAGUAAAAAUUCUCAAGUAUAAGCCAGAUGUCGUGCUGAAAGAGUUUAUUGAAUUUCUACCUGAAGGUGUGGUAGCAGAAACAAUUAGAAACUUAGAAAAAUAUGGUGCUAUUGUGGAUAAUAAAGUUUCACUCAUUGGAGAAAAAUUAAUUAAACUUCCUUUUGAGGCUAAGUAUUCAAAACUAAUACUUUUGGGAAUAGAAUCUGGUUUGGCAUUAGAAACAGUUGUCCUUGUGUCUUUUUUAACUGAAAAGGGUAAAUUGUUUAAAAGUACAGAUAAUCCAAAAUAUCAACGUAUAAUUGAUGCUAAGCAAAUGGAACUAGUUCAACAUCAAAGUGACACUUUAACCAACCUGCAUAUUUAUAAAACCUGCUUAAGAAACAAGUUUGAUUUAGAAUGGUGCAAAACACAUUACAUUGAUGAUAAUUUUUUAAAAAGAGUACAUCAAAGGGUUGAGGAAAUGCGUGAAAUUAUAUUUUCGAGUUUAGAAAUAAAAAUUAGUGAGAACUUCUCAAAUAAUGAAAACUGGCCAAUGAUCGUCCGUGAAAUAAUAUAUGAUUGCUUUCGAGAUAAUCUUUGUGUCUUUAGUGGUCGUUUAGAUUGUGGUUUCAGAGUGCUUAGCUCUAAGUCAGUGGCAUAUCUACCCACUCAAUCUAUAAUUUGUCAGAAGGAUAACGUACCUCAGUUUUUAAUUUUUGAUCAUGUACUAUUAUCUGAUAAAAAUUACUUGAUUAAUGUCACUAGUAUUCCUAGUGAUUUUGUAAUGAAAAGUUUGCAGGAUGGAUCGUCAUAUUUUUCUGAUAACGAGCUUUUUGAUUAUACUUUAACGAAGCGAACAAUUGAGCCUGUGGGUGAAGAAGUAAUGAAUGAUAUCUUUCUUGGUGAAGAUGAUGAAAAACUAAAACUUGUCAUUGAACAAAUUAAACAAAAAACAGGCAUUGAUCUGAUUUCAAUUGAACCAUCCGUAGAAAAAGGCUCUGUCUCUAUCUAUGCUUUUCCUACUUGUAUUGAUGCUGCUUAUGAAGCCCUCAAAAAAAUCUUGAAAACAAAGAGUGAAGAGAUUAUAAAUGAGUGUCAAACCCAUUCAUAUGAAUUAGUGAAGGAUGACAAGUCUGUGAUACUUGAGGUUGAAUUGGCUAAAGGUGCAAUGGCUAAAUAUGUUAAAGUUGGUGAAAUUCUUAUACAACCCUUAACUGUGGCGAAUGUGCAUUCUGCAGGAAUUUUCACAUCUGCAGCUAAACAGUAUAAUAGAUUUCCAUAUUCUUUGCAUAUUGCUUGGAUUCGAAGACACUGUAAUGGAAAUGCUAAUGUAGAUUUUGGCGAAAACACUAACUUCUCCAGUGUUCGUAGACUUUCCUUAAGACACUUAUAUUUCCUGGGGAUGGAAAUAUUUAUGGAAAUGAGUGAAAGGAAAAAAAAUCAACUGUGCAUUUCAGGUCUGUCACCUGAAAUAUGCCAAGAAAAACUUAAAGACGAGUUGAAAAUAUUGUUACCUGCUGCUGAAAUUACGCAUAUUGAAUUGAUGCGUAUCGCACCAUUUGAAACAUCUGACAAAAGACUUAAGGCAAUAAAAUCUAGUAUUUCAAAUAUUUGCAAAAAUGCUUUAGAUAUGAGUUCAACGGAAAUUGUACUCUCUAAGCCAAAACCUUCAGACAUAAUUCAAGAAUUAUAUAUUAAAACAAAUACUUAUGAGGGGUUAGAUUCUGUUGCUGAUUUAGUUAAAAUCAAAUUUUUGGAAGACAAGCUAAGUAUUACCACACUAGCAUUCAAUCUUAGAAUUAUCUGCAACAAUUAUAUUUAUCAAGCAUUACAAUCUCAACUGAAUUCAACUCUCUCUGAAUUAAAGAAUGAUUUAAGUCAAGGUAACGCAAAGGCUGAUUUUGAGAUAAAUGUUGGCAAAGGGAGUGAAGAAACUUAUUUUAUUGAUGUAUCUGCAACUAAUGUUGCUGUGUUAAAUUUAGUUCAUGAAACAAUCAAUUGUUUGCUGAAUGGUGUGAUAUUAAAUGAAAAUGAUAUAAAAGAUCUUGAUAAAAUGUUCUGCCAUGGGGGACAUGUUUGGUUAAAAGGUCUUGAAGCAAGUGAAAAUUUAUAUAUCAUUAUGAAUCGACAAAGAAAAGUGUUGCGAUUAUAUGGAGCUGAAGUUAACUGUGAAAAUGCCAAAAAGCGCCUUAUACAAUAUCUCAAAGAUAUUGAAAAUGAUGUGAAUGACAUCAUUGAACUAUCUAGCGAGAAAACAAAAAAUUUUCUUUUGAAAGCUCUUGUCCAAAAGUAUGGUAUUGACUUAAAGAAAUUUAUUGAAGAGUGUAAACUGCACCAAGCUUACCUUGAUCUCAGAACUGCCAAACUAUAUGUUUAUGGUGAUCAGACAAGUGUCGAAGAGGCUUCAAACUGCAUUCAAAAUUUGUUAGAAAAUCUAGAUUCAGUGAAUUCAGAAGCAAUACUUUACCAAGAAAUUUGUCCUGUCUGUCUUUGUCCUGCUAUCAAUUUAACUUACAGGCUUGAACAUUGUGGUCAUCUAUAUCACAGUGAACCUUGUAUACAACAAUUUAUGGAAAAUAAUGAAGAUUUUCCUAUAAAAUGUUCAACAGAGGGUUGCGAAAAAGAAUUAGUUUUGAAGGACAUUUGGAAAAUGCUGCGAAAUAAUCCUGAAAGAAUGAAAAGCUUAAUUAAAAAAUCUAUUGCUAAUUACUUAGAGCGACAUGUUUUAGAAGUUGUACUUUGCCCUACUCCAGACUGCUCAAUGUUCUUUUAUAAAUCUGAAAUACUAGGUGACAAAACACACUGCGGAUUGUGCCAAAAUGAUAUUUGCAUUAAGUGCCAUUGUAUUGAACAUAGUGGUUUUACUUGUCAAAUGUAUGAAGGAACUAAAAAAGAUGCUGAUUAUUCUUAUAAGGUGUGGGCUCAAACAGCAAAUUGCAAGAGGUGUCCCAGAUGUAAAACAGCUAUUGAAAAAUCUGAAGGCUGUAAUCAUAUGACAUGUAGAAAUUGCAGUGGUCAUUUUUGCUGGUUGUGCCCCUCUGAAACUGCUCAAGUAUGGGCCACUGGAAAUGAAUGUUAUGCCCAUAUUAAUAGAGCACAUACUGGACAAUUAUUUGAUUACAACUGAUAAGGAUAUUUAAGUCAAGCAUUACUACCUAUCUUUAAA